GAGGCUGGACCGCACGACGGCGGAGAUGAAAAUCUUCAGACCUCGACCAAACUGAAAUCGUGGCUGUUUAGGGAAUAUAGCGGCGACCUCCAGCCUCAAUCUUCAGAUGCUCAUCCACCUAAGAAAGAUAGCGACACCAUUGAAACCCAAGCUCUCAUCUUCCUUCAACAAACUUUACUCUGAUCGCCCAUUGAAGCAUUCGCCUCUUCUCAAGCUUCCGUUUCAACAUUCUGUACAAACCCUCACAAGGCCCCAACUCGAGGCUCUAGUUCUAUCCCGAUUCUCCCAGGGCAAGUUCUUCGACCUUCUUCAAAAUGUUGUCGCCUCUCCCUCUGUUCUUUUCACCGCCUCCCAAAAUCUCAUCACUCCACUCCCAAGCAAUCGCCUCAAUGCUCCCGACUCGCUACUCAGUCUCGAUAUGGUCUCUAGUUGCUUUUCGGUCGAGGACAUGGCUCGGGAGCUCUACGAAAAUCGUUUCGAUGUUGGUGCUUGCUGUGUUCGGUUGGAAUCAUCGGAAGAGAAAGGUGAGUUUCUGGUCUUACCGAAUUUGAAAUUGAAGGUCUUACUCGAGGCUAUUAGGAUUGUGUUGGAAAUUGUUUAUGACGAACGAUUUGUAACGUUCUCUUAUGGGGGGCGUGUCGGUAUGGGGCGGCACACUGCCAUUAGGUACCUGAAGAACUCGGUGCAAAAUCCUAGUUGGUGGUUUACCGUUGCAUUUCGUCGCAGAAAGUUCGAUUCUGUACAUGUAAAUAAGUUGUGCUUAUUGGUGCAAGAGAAAAUUAAGGAUGAUAUUUUGAUUCUUAUGCUAAAGAAACUGUUUGAAUUGGAGGCAGUUCAAAUUGAAUUGGGUGGUUGUUAUUUAGGAAGGGGGUUACCUCAGGAAAGUGGUUUGUGUUCAAUCUUGUCUAAUAUAUACUUCAAUGGCUUUGAUAAAGAAAUUCAACAAAUACGUCUUGAAAAGAAUGAAGAAAAUCCCAAGUUCAGUCUGGACGGUACUGUUUCUUUCCAUAAUCCGGUGAAAAUAUAUGCCGUUAGGUAUCUGGAUGAGAUAUUAGUUAUAACAUCGGGGUCGAAGAUGCUAAUAAUGGAGUUGAAAAGCCAGGUGCUAAGGUAUUUAGAAGGGAAUUUAGAAUUGGAAGUGGAUCGAAUGAAUACUGCAAUUCAUAGUGCUGUCUCCGAGAAAAUUAGUUUCUUAGGAAUGGAACUACAGGCAGUACUACCUUCAGUUCUGCAUCCACCAAUGUCCGAAAAGGCAAUCAGGGCUCGGAAGAAGUACCUUAGACAGAAGGAAGUUAGAGCAAUAGAAUUGAGAAAUGCCCGUGAGAGAAACAGGAAAAAAUUGGGAUUGAAGAUAUUGAGUCACGUGUUCAAGAAAUUGAAGCGAACUGAUGGCUUGAAAUCUGAAUUCCAAAUCGAGAAGGAAGUCACAGAAAUCUUCAGAAAUUGGGCCGAUGAAGUAGUGCGAGAUUUCUUUGAGUCUUUGGAAGAUAAUACAGAGUGGCACCGUCCGCUGUCAGCAGGUGAUUUCCUCUCCUUAAAACACAUAAGAAAUCAGUUGCCAGUAGAUCUUGUGAAUGCUUAUGACAGGUUUCAAGAUCAGGUAAACCAGCACUUGAAUCCUCUAAAGGCCAAAGAGGAGAAGGCUAGGGAGGAUGAAGAGAAAAGAUUGGGUGAAGAAGAACGAUAUGCUAAAAGAACAGUUGAGGACUUAACAAGGCUAUGCAUCAAAGUUGAAGCUCCUAUAGAGCUUGUUAGGAAGGCAGUGAAGAUGAUUGGAUUUACAAAUAAAAUGGGCCGUCCUCGGCCUAUCAGCUCUCUCAUUGCUCUUGAAGAUACAGAUAUUAUCAAGUGGUAUGCCGGUGUAGGAAGAAGGUGGUUAGACUUCUUUUGCUGUUGUCAUAACUAUAAGAUGGUCAAAACUAUUGUAACUUACCAUUUGAGGUUUUCUUGUAUUUUGACACUGGCGGAAAAGCAUGAAUCGACCAAACGGGAAGCCAUGAAACAUUACAGUAAAGAUUUGAAAGUCUUUGAUUUAAAUGGCAAGGAAGAGAUGCACUUCCCAACAGAAAGAGAAGUUAAGAUGUUGGGAGAAAGAAAUCUUGCUGACCCAUACCCUGUGGAUGGGGCUUUUUCUUUGUUUCUGAUUAGAUUAGUCACUGAUGAAGAUUCAUAUCCUUGUAUUGCUCAUUUUUGCAAUAGAACAGACUCUAUUUUAUAUAGGGUCCGAUUACUGCAAAAGACUCUGAAUGUCAAUCCAUCUAAUGGAGUGGAAUGGGUGAGAGGGAUGGGAGUGAUUCAUGAAAGUUUAAAUCAGAGAUGCCUCCCUCUAUGUGCUGAUCACAUCAGUGAUUUAUACAUGGGGAAAAUCAACCUUCAAGACUUGGACUGCACCUUAUCGUUGGAUAUGGACUGAAUGUAACUCGUUUCACUUCCGAGUUCCUUUCAUGUUGGGAAGAUGCUAAUGAGACCCACUGAUUGUUUUGCUUGCCCGGACCACAAGCAAGCUAUUCAGUUCUACAAAUGUUGGUGAACCCCAAUGCCCAUAUCAAGGAAUCAAAAGGGGAUGAAUAGACUGUGUGUGAAAGAAACAGCAGAGGAGAGAGAGACUGAGACAGAAAUAAAAAAGUACCUACAUGAGCCUGCAUUAUUCUCUCUUAUCGUCAGGAAGUUAGUACGUUAAAAGAAUGAACACUACAAGUCAAUGUGGCUCUCUCUUGUCGAAGAAACUUGACAGAGACAAGGUGGACAAGCUCAUCGCAUGGAAAAAUUGCUACUUUCAGGCAGCAAAGCCCUGGGGGAGAUCUUCAUUAUUCUGUAAGUCCUAUUCUUCUUUCUGCCGUAGAUUCCAACUUUUAAUAGCAUAAAUCAGUGUAGUUGGAGAUGCAGAGGAUAAUACGUUUGGCAUUAGCGAUUGCCUUGCAUUUGAUUUAUAUCAUUUUACUUCUUAUUUGGUUGUUGAUGUGAAAUGACAUUGUCUGCUCUUCUUAAGUCUGGUUUUUCCCUUUUAAAAUAAUAUAUACACUAAUAUCGGUUGUUUUC